AUGGCUUGCCAUCUUAGAUCAGUUAGUUUGCCUUCUAGGCCUCACACCAAGGUUGAAGAGGAGCUGCACAGCCUAGAGGCAAGCAUCUCUUCACCCUCCAUGACCAUCGAGACUAUCUCCGAUGGUUUGAGGAGGCUUGGAGACAUCUACAGCACCAUUGAAGAGAUCAUGUGCCUUCCUAGCAACCAAAUUUGCUCUUCCCAGCAAAGGAAGAUGUUGGAAGGUGAAACCGAGUGCUCCCUUGAGCUACUAGAUCUCUGCAAUGCUAUGUAUGAGGACUUCACCGAGUUGAAGGCCAUUAUCCAAGAUCUGUAA